GUGAUUUGGCUCUACUUCCGGUGCGAGCGGUCGCGUAGCCCUAACGGUUUUACCGGUCGCCGCUCCGUGAGGCACACCACCGCUAGCCGGUUCCCGCGCCCUCUGGAGGCCAGUGUGGCAGGCUCUGGCGCCGGAAAAGGAAUAAAAGGUUUACCAGUCCUAGGUGACCAAGCACUUUCACAAAUAAACCCUCCAGCAAGUUUAUAACUAAUUAGGCCCAACUCAGAGGAAGUGGAGCUGCUCCUGUUGCACAAAAAAGAUGUCUAGCGGCUCCAGUGAAAUUGAUGUGAUAAGAACACGAAUCUCUACUUAUGAUGAUGAUAACACUGUUCUUUAUGCAUAUGAACCAAAUACUGCAUUUUUCAAUAAUCAGGAAAAUAUUGUGUCUGACACAGCCUACAACGAAGAGCAACAAAAAACAGUUCUGGAUGUCCUUACUCACUGCCAGGUCAUCUAUGAUGCUAUUCAAGACCUGGAUAAGAAGUUUGAUGUUAUUCAUGGAAAGGUUACAAAAAUCCACCGUUUUCGUAUGAAGUCAUUGUGGCAAACUCGUAAGCCACUUGGAUAUGCAUAUAAAAAUUAUAAUUACCUGCUUUCUAAAAAGGUCAAAUCCCAGGGAUUGCGGAAAAAGGAACCUGCUGCAUUCUCUUACCCUGAAAGUUAUAGCCCAACUAUACCAGUAGGAAGGCGGGACAUUGAUUCCUAUAGCAACUUCGGAGGCAGGUCUUUUCACUCGGAUGAGUCCCUGAAUCAGGAGCCGGAGUCCCACUACCAGGAGCAAGAGCUGGGCUUCUGCCAGAGCCCGCCACUUUGCCCAGACGCCUACCAGCCGUGCUACACGCCCGAUGAGCCCACACAGGGCUCCUCUGUGCCCUGCUUCGGCAGCCCAGGAGCCCGCAGCACCAGCAGUCUCUAUUCUUCGGCCCAACCCACCUCGGCCAUGGCCCAGCGUGAGCCCAGUCCGGGACACAACCUGGAGAUGAUGGCGUACCCACCUCUCAUGGAAAACAGGAGCCUUGGCCAGACCACCUCAUCUCUCGGCAUGCCGGGCGGCUUCGCUCCCCCUUCACCAGUUGGAAAUGACCCGGGUGUCCAAAAACAGACCUUCUCUGAUGACCCUUCAACCUGGUCCGUGGAUGAAGUGAUCCUGUUUUUGAAACAUGUAGAUCCUCAGACACUCACCCCCCUCGCUGACCUCUUCAGGCAACAUGACAUUGAUGGGAAAGCUCUGCUGCUUCUCAAGAGCGACAUGAUGAUGAAGUACAUGGGCCUUAAGCUGGGGGCAGCCGUGAAAUUGUGCCACUACAUUGAAAAGCUUAAAGAAAAAAAGAAAUUUGUCUAUUGAAAAAAUGCUUGUAGGUUAGAUUGAGCUUAAUUCUGGGGAGACCAAUGCUGUCUUUUUUCCUGCCCUUAGAAGUUUUGUUAUGGAGAAGAUUCCUCUAAAAUAUGUUUUAUAUCCAGAAGUGCAGAACCACAUUACAGUCCUGUCUGCUUCCUGAGAAGCCAUUUAACAUGUUAAGAUGAGCAGUGUCACAUUGGUGGUCUUUCUAUCUUUGCAUUAUUUUCAUUGCAUAGUUGACAGAUAUAUUUCAUGCAGUAAACAGAGAAAUACUUUGUUUUUGGUUAAUGUUUAUAUGUAAAACCAAAACUGCUCAAUCCCAGGGGAAAGUAUCAGGGACUGACAGGUUCUCUAAUGAAAUCCAUGCAAAGUUUUCUUUAGAAGAGAAUUUAAAGAUGUAGCUUUAGAUAGCUCUUUCUCACAUAUUUUAUGUCUGUUACUGCAAUGUUCUGUUCACGUUCUAAUAGUUUCUGGAAUGGGAAUAGACAUAUAAAGUAUCUUCCUUUCUGUUAUUAUUUCUCCCUAUGUUGUAUCUGUACCUAUUCAAAGAAAAAAAAAGCAACCCUACAAGCUUUCAAGAAGUGUUAUUAUCAGUUUUUUUAAUUAUAAGGUAGGUAAAAUAGUCACUUUAUGCAGGAGAUAUUAAACUAUGCAGGGUGGUUUGGCUAGAGUCUGAUUAUAUUCUUUCUAAUCAGAUACCUAUUAUUUUAAAACUUCCAUAUUUUGCCUAAGUUUGGACAUUUAACUAGGCAUUCGUUGCUCACAUCUCUCCAUGAAGAUGCCUAUGUCCAAAUUUUUAAAAGAUAGAAUUUUUAACAGAGUUUAUUGUCUGUUUAUUCCUUAUGGAUACUGUUUCAUAUUUAUGUUUCAUUCUAUAUCUGAAGUAUACACACAAGUAAAUCUUUUCUUUUUUAAUUUAAAAUGGCACUUUACACUUCUACAGAGGUAAAUAUUAACUCUGUGUAUAGUAAGAUGUUUUUAUUCUGUAAGACACACGCAUAGCACUUGCCAUCACUGGUACCUCUCAGCUCACUCUUCAGGGUUCCCGAACAGGGAAGUUCUGUCUUGUGCAAUGUUUCUAGUUUAUUUGCUUUCUGAGCCACUUACCAUACUAAACUUUGGAAGGUACAUUAAUUCUAAUUUGUCAUUUUAAAUUUUAUUUUAAAAAUUAGAACUUUCAAAUGAAACACGUUCAUUGUCAUUAUUCUGUUAUUUAUUACAUCUUAUAUAAUAUUCAGCAUAAUGUUUAUAAGCUAUGAAACUUGGUGCUUAUUGUAUUAACCAUUUGUUAUAAAUGCCAGUAAGAUGUUCAUCAGGGGCAAGAAUACACAAUUUCUCUUUAGAAAACCAAGUGUACUUUAUAAGCAAAGGCAACCAUUUACUGGGCAUAUGUGAUUUAAAGGGUAAUUUCAUCUGUGUUAUUUCUUUUGUUAUAAGAUUCUAAUUUAAACCUGGUCUUCUCUCACAUUGUAUGCGUGAAGAUGCUGUGCCCACUUGAACAGUCCUCAGGUGUUUGUAUAAAUACUAUGUUUUACAGUUUUCAGAUUUUAAAAUAUAAUAAAGUUUAAUAAUCACAACCAUUAA